AUGGGUUUUGGAAGAAUAAUAACUCAAAACUACACUUUCAAGAGUCCUAAGCUAGAAGAUCUAAGAGAACUAGGGGAUUUUGUUGCUGAUCCACUAGGUUUCAAGGAUAGAUAUGGGAGACUUCUCUCACUAUUGAAUACCAACAUAAAAAAUGUAAUUCUUGCUACACUAGUCCAGUUCUAUGAUCCAUUGUAUCAUUGCUUCACCUUUCCAGAUUACCAGCUUAUGCCCACACUAGAGGAGUAUUCAUAUUUGCUUGGAUUACCUAUUUCUGAUCAGAUCCCAUUUUCUGGAUUGGAGGAGAUUCCUAAGGAUAGAAUUAUUUCUGAAGCUACUCAUUUGACGAUGUUUAAGAUUAAAGCUCAUAUUACCACCAAGGGAGGUAUUCUUGGGUUGCCAGCUAAGUUUCUGAUGGAUAAAGCUCGUUACUUUGCUAAUAUGAAGAGUAUGGAUGCUUUCGAGGCUAUUCUUGCCUUGCAGAUUUAUGGAUUUUUCCUCUUUCCUAAUGUUGACAACUUUGUUGACAUUAAUGCUAUUAAGAUAUUCUUGAUUGGAAAUCCAGUUCCCACUCUACUUACAGAUACUUACCAUUCCAUUCAUCUUAGAAACUCUUAUAGUGGGGGGAUGAUUAUAUGUUGUGUGCCUUUGCUUUACAAGUGGCUUAUUUCUCACUUGCCUCAGUCUACUGCUUUUUGGGAUCUUAAGGAUGGUCUUUUAUGGUCACAAAAUAUUAUGUCUCUCACACAUUCUGAUAUUGAGUGGUAUAGUCAUGCUUACGAUGAAGUAAGAUCAUCGAUAGUUGUGGAAAGUUUCCUAAUGUGCCUCUUCUCGGUAUAA